GCAUGCAGACGGGACAACGAACUAAAUGUAGCCGAUAAUGUAAUGCAUUCAUUCCCCAUGUGCUUCGCAAGCAAAUGUAUCUUUUUCUGUGAUUAUUAUUAGUCAUCCACUCAGUAAUGAUCUCGAAUUUCCUUUGUGCGUGGAUGCUGAAAUAACUUUUUGUUAGCGAGUGAAAGUUUGUGCUUGAAUAAUGGAAUCCAUAAGGACGAUUAAUGCCGCCGUCAAUUUGAUCAGGGGCCAUCGACAAUAUGAACAACACGUGAACGAAGACGAAGAGAAUUCGUCCGACAAUGUGGUUACAGGAAACAGGGAGAGGACCGACGUUCCUUUUAUUAUUGUACAGGCCGUUUCUUUGGCCGCUUUGGCAGCCUUCAUCGGUUACUGCAUGGUUACCGGCGAUAUCGAAAGAAUUACAGUUGGUCAUGAUAAUUGCGGGAACGUGUGCGGAAAGGUGAACAGCUUCAACGUGGAGAACGCCGAGAUAUGUAAGGCUGAAGACAUGACAGAUAAACCGUUGUUUCUCGUAUCUUCCCAUGCUUGCGUUGAAACCUGCCCCUCUGGAUAUGAGCGUUUCGGAAGGCGAUGCUUAUCGUCAGAACACCGAGUAACUCACGAUUCAAUAUUUGAUAGUAUAGGUCGAGAUUUUCAGAUUUGCACUCCUGAUAUUGUUGGUUUGACAUUUUUGGCACUGACAUUCUCGUUCGUUAUCUUUCUUAUAUUGAGAUAUUUGACUGCUGCAUUUGUAUGGACUGUAUUAUUUGGUGUUCUGUUUGCGUGUGCUGCUCUUACUGGAUUCUUUUGGUACCUAACGGAAACGACCGAAGGAUUGACUCCGUUGGCGAUAAUAAGCAGUAUAUUCACCAUAAUAUUAAUCCUGGUGGUGUUAGUGCUACGACGCCGGAUCGAGUUGGUCAUUCAGCUUUUAAAGGAGGCAGGAAAGUCGAUAACCGCCGUUCCGAUGCUUCUACUGCAACCACUCUUGACGUGUGUCGCGUUGGGAGUGGCGGCCAUCGCUUGGGUGUACUUCACGCUUUGGAUCGAAAGCACAGGUAGCGUUCGAGAAAUCUAUUCUGGUCAAAUUGUUUUUUACAAAAACGGACUAUACCAUUUCAUUCGAUGGUACAACUUGUUCAUAAUGCUCUGGAUGAUUCAGUUUAUAUACGGAUGCCAGAAUAUGAUCAUAGCUGGUACUGUCUCAAGAUGGUACUUUACUCGAAACAAAGCGGCUCUUGGUAACCCUAUGCUGACUAGUGUGUCUACUAUGUUGCGCUAUCACUUGGGAACCAUAUCGUUCGGGUCACUUUUGGUCGCACUCGUUCAAAUUUUACGAGUUGCCCUACGUUCUUGUCGCAGAUUUCAGAGGUACCUGCUGUUUUUGUGCUGCUUGUGUUGCGUUACAUCACGCAUCGACGAGUGCAUGAACUAUAUAGAAAGCUUUUUGAAGUAUUUGACGAGGAACGCCUACAUUGUGACAUCGAUACAUGGAACUGAGUUCAUUAAAUCGGGAACCAAAGCGUUCAAGCUAAUUCUGGAGAACGUCCUGCAAAUCGCCGUAAUUAACUCCGUGGGAGAUUUUGUUUUGGUACUCUCAAAAGUGUUGAUAGUUGUCGCUACCCUACUAGUAGGUGUUGCUUUGACGCAGAACAAUGUGCACAUAAACAAUCGGUGGGCCAUUCUGUUAUUGGUAGGUGCCGUUGCUUACUUAAUAGCGCACUGUUUCAUUACGAUUUAUGAGAUGGCGGUCGACACAAUCUUCAUCUGUUUCUGCGAAGAUUGCGAAAUGAACGACGGCAUGACGCGCCCUUACUACAUGUCGCACUCUCUGAUGGAGUUCGUCGAAAAGUCUAGGACUGUGCUGAACAUAAAAUCGCAGGAAAAUGUGAUCGACAAUCCUGCAGUUGUAGCUAUAUAGUUUUACUUUUUUAUAUGCGUUAAAAAUGUUGCAAAUGUUGAUGCAGCACGAAUUAGUGUUUGUUUGUACUUUCAAUCAAAUUGUGAUACGCAUUGAA